AGUAAUUCUAAGCAGGUGCAUACUAUAUACCCGGCGACAAUUCAAGGAAAUACGGUAGCUGAAGUGUGUUUUGCUUUGUUUUUAACUUUCUUGUGGCACCUCCACAGAGGAGUGACGGCAGAGAAGAAAAGAGAUAACCACAGAACAGGAAUGACAUGCUUUGACAUCUACACCACGCAGCAAAGGACUAUCGAUAUUUGGAAGGAUCCCAGCCAUCCAAUGUCAUGAAAAAUGUAGAAAAAGAAGGCAGGACUUACUGAGAGGCUCCCAGGCUGCCAUCGUUCUCAGAUUGGACAACACCUUGGCAUCUCUGAAGAAACACUGCAUGGAGAGUCAUGCUGCAAUGUGUCCUGCUCCUCCAGGAAAGAGAACUUUCUGGACGGAAGAUGACAAAAACAUCAUGACCAUGACGGACAUCUCCAUGGGGGAUACAGGAAUGUUGACCAAGGGAUGGCAGAGGAGUUUGUUUCUCAUCUUCACUCUUUCUCUGUGCUCCAUGCUGACCGAGGCCAUCCACCCGGACUGCGCCAUCAUUGUUCAGCACCUGAGGGCCCGCCAGGCCUGCGUCUUGGCGAGGAGGAGGGAAGUUCAGAACCAGACCGAGCUCAGAGGGUGUAAAACGGAAUGGGACAACAUUGGAUGCUGGAGGACAGCCGACGUGGGUCAGGUGGCCAACGUGUCGUGCUCGGACAUUUUCCAGCAUAUCUCCAGCAGCCAAGGCUUUGUUUACAGGAACUGCACGGCAGACGGCUGGUCAGACAUGUAUCCGCCCUACGAGGAGGUCUGUGUUUUCAGUGACGACGGGGAGCCGGAAUCGGAGACCAGAUACCUCUACACCUUCAGACAAGUCUACACUGUCGGCUACGCCACCUCGCUCAUCUCCCUUAUCACGGCCGUCAUGGUGUUCACAGCAUUCAGGAAGUUCCGCUGCACCAGGAACUACAUCCACAUCAACCUGUUCUCCUCCUUCAUCCUGAGAGCCAGCGCUGUUUUCAUUAAAGACUCCGUGCUGUUUGCAGACCAGACGCUGGACCACUGCUCCAUGUCCACCACGGCGUGCAAGUCCGCUGUGGCCUUCUUCCAGUUUAGCAUCCUGGCCAAUUACUUCUGGCUGCUGGUGGAGGGCAUGUAUCUGCAGACCCUCCUGGCCCUGACCUUCGUCUCCCAGAGGAAAUACUUGUGGUGCUACAUCCUGAUUGGAUGGGGGCUCCCGUCAGCCAUCCUCAUACUUUGGACCCUGACCAGAUUCUUCUUUGACAACAGAGGCUGCUGGGACGACACAGACAACGUGGGUGUGUGGUGGAUCAUCAAAGGUCCAAUAACGGCUUCACUGCUGGUCAACAUCGUCAUCUUCGUCAACGUGAUCCGCAUUCUGGUCCAGAAGCUCAGAUCUUCGGCCAUGUCCGGCAACAAUGACAGCGGACAUUUUGUGCUGGCUAAAUCCACCCUCUUCCUCAUCCCUCUGUUUGGAAUGCACUACACGCUUUUCGCCUUCCUGCCUGAAACCACGGGAGUGGCAGCCAGACUCUACAUCGAGCUGGGCCUGGGAUCCUUUCAGGGUUUUGUGGUGGCUCUGCUUUACUGCUUCAUGAAUGGAGAGGUCCAAGCAGAGCUGCGGAGAUGGCUGUGGAAGUGUCACAGCCAGAGUCAUCGCACCCCCGCCAAGCGAAGCAUUUCUCGGAUCACGGUUCGAUGCCACGGGGGGCUGCGGAGGCCUCCUUCCACUGGCAACGUGUCGUCGGUAUGAGACCAAUGUUCUUUAGCCACACUAAAUGGACAAUAUUGAAGAGCUGCUACAAGGGAAGCCCCGAGUGUAUAUUGCAUGUGUUGGACAUGACCGCUGCAAGGUGGCGCUGUGGAGUCGUGUCUCAAACAGGACGGACAAUGAGUAGUAUUUAUCACAGCGGUGUCUCAAUCCCAGUUUGACCUGCAAGAUGACAGUGUGACAUCAAAUUCAAUAAACAACCUUACCUUG